AUGACGACAACAAUGGCAGUAAGCACAGCAGAUAUUUCUCAAAGUAACUAUAUUCAGAACCGGAAUAUCCAGAUGGACAACAACAAAAGUAUUGGGUGUUUUGGGAAUCGGAGCAGAAAAAUGAAAGAGCAAUACCAGGACCUGCCAAUGCCAGAGGAAAAGAGCAACCCCAAAGGUGUAGAGUGGCUGUUGCACUCCAUCGUGAUACGCAUGUACCCGUCCUUGAUUGCCAAGAGCGCGCGAAACUACACACAGGAAGCCUCUUUGGGAGCACUGCAGAAUCUCACAGCAGGAAGUGGACCAAUGCCGACUUCAGUAGCACAGACGGUUGUCCAGAAGGAGAAUGGCCUGCAGCACACCCGGAAGAUGUUGCACAUCGGUGACCCAAGUGUGAGGAAAGCUGCCAUUUCCUUGCUGAGGUAUUUGUCUAGGAACCUUUCUCUGCAGAAUGAAAUUGCCAAAGAAACGCUACCUGAUUUGGUUUCUAUAAUUCCUGACACAGUUCCAAGUAUUGACCUUCUCAUUGAAACUACAGCCUCUGCCUGCUACAUAUUAAACAAUAUCAUCCAAAAUAGUUACCAGAAUGCCCGGGACCUUCUAAACACUGGAGGCCUCCAGAAAAUUAUGGCCAUCAGCACAGGCGAUGCCUACGCACCCAACAAGGCAACUAAAGCUGCUUCCGUGCUGCUGUAUUCUCUGUGGACCCACACUGAACUCGAUAACUCCUACAAGAAGGCUCAAUUUAAGAAGACAGAUUUUGUCAACAGCCGGACUGCCAAAGCCUACCACUCCCUUAAAGACUAA